AUGAACGUAGUAUUUGGUUUUUUGUUCGUUUGUUUGGCUGCAGUCAGCCGUGCUGAGGAUUCCUAUAUUGUCGGUGGAUCUGAUGCUUUAGAUGGAGCCCAUCCUUAUAUAGUGUCUCUGAGACGAAAUAAUCGUCAUUUUUGUGGAGGAUCCAUUAUUUCAAAACAUUAUAUUCUCACCGCGGGUCACUGUAUUACAGUACUUGAAGAUCCAAUAAAUCUCGAAAACGUAACAGUUCACGCUGGCACGAAUCGUUUAAGUGAAUACGGUUAUGUUUACAUUCCUGAAGCAGUAAUUGUCCAUCCUGAUUUUAAACGUUCCCUGAUACACAACGAUAUUGGUUUGAUCCGCCUAAAAACAGACAUACAAUAUAAUAAAUUAGUGCAACCAAUCUCUCUCGCAAAGACGAAUUCCAUUUUGGUUGGCGAUCCUUGCUUCUUAAUAGGGUGGGGAACAACCAAGUUUUUAGGCAAACUUUCUGAUAAACUUCAAAUAGUUAAUCAGCAAAUUUACUCACAAUCAAAAUGCAACAAUGUAUUUUGGAAUUUGCAAUCCAGUCAUAUCUGCGCAUUUUCACAAUCUGGACAAGGAGCGUGUCAUGGUGAUUCCGGUAGUCCGCUAGUCGCCAAUGGCAUUCAAAUUGGCUUUGCCUCAUUUGUUCGACCAUGCGCUAAAGGAUUUCCGGACGUGUACACUAGAAUAUUCUCUUUUACGAAUUGGCUCGCCCAAUACAUCAUGCUUAUAGCUAUGAAUGCUAUCGUUGGUCUUAUAAUCGCGUGUCUGGUGCUCACCACUCACGGUUUGCUAGAUCCGCUAAUCGUUGGUGGUAAUGACGCUCUGGAUGGCGCAUAUCCUUAUCAAGUGUCAUUGAGAAAUGAUCCAUUAAAUUCUUCGUCUCAUUUUUGUGGUGGAGCCAUUAUAAGUAAAUAUUACAUUAUUACAACUGCCUAUUGUAUUGAUAGUUUUGUCGAGAAUCCUUAUCAAGUUUAUGUCGUCGUUGGAAGCAAUUACCUUAACGCAACUGAUGUGGACGUUUAUCAAGCGGUAGACUUGAUAGUACAUGCUGGUUUCAAUAUCUUGCUACGUGUUCACGAUAUUGGUUUAAUUCGAGUAAAGAACAGUAUCACAUUUAACGCUAACGUUCAACCAAUUGCUUUGUCAACUACCAAUCGCAAUUUCGAUGAUUAUCCUCUCUUAUUCACUGGCUGGGGAGAUCUCUGGUCGGGCAGUCCAGUUCCUAAUCGUUUACAAGAAAUUAUAGUAAAAGGAUAUUCCCAGGAGUUAUGUAGCAGAUAUCCACACGUCAAAGAGACUCACAUAUGUAUCUUCACAAUGGAGAACGAAGGAUCUUGCCACGGUGAUGCUGGUAGUCCACUCGUUGCUGAUAGCAUUUUAGUUGGUCUCAUAUCAUAUAGUUACGGCCCAUGCGGUACAGGUGCUCCCGAUGUAUCUACCAGAAUAUUUUCCUAUCGAUCAUGGAUUAAAUACUACACAGAAAUUUGAUGUACUGUAAUAGAUCUGUAUACCAUCAAAUAUCAUUCUGAAAUUUUUUUACAAUUACAACAUUUAUUGUUUUAAAACAGCAAGUAUCAACGACUAGCAAUUUUUGUUUAAUAAAUCAUUAUACGAAGAUACUACAUAA